CCGCUGUUUUCACGUUCCCGCCAUCAUCUCUUGCUGCUUGGAGCUUUUUCCACCAGUAUCAACAGUAAAAACAUACAGCUACUGUUGGGUUGGGUCUCGACGUGAGGUUUGAUGGUGAAGUUAUUAAUGAUCUAAAACCUCCUUGUCUUUCUGAGACCGGAGUCUGUAGCUGAAAAUCGAGUUGCUUGUGGCAGCCAUGGCAGCAGCAGCGCUGAAACUAUCGGGCAGUGUGAGGGUCACGAGCCUGCAGCUGGGCACUACGAAGUGGAAACAGGGAAGCUUUGAGAUUAUUGAGAAGGACACCAAAGUGAAUAUGUUAGUACAGUUCAGCAGUGCUGGGAUACCAAAGACAUAUCGGCUGAACCAGAACGUAAAAAAUGUGAUUUUGGUGCCUAACCAGCAUCUGUGCCGGCUUCAGGUGAUCUUGAAGGAAUCAAGCAUUCUUGUCAUUGAUAAGGUACCUCUUGUCAUGGCCCAGAAAUUUAAGGAGUGCCUGGAUAAAUUGAAGCAGGGGAAACAUACAGCUUUGAAGUCAUCCCAGGGAUCUGUCAGCUUUGGAGGUGUGCUUGGGAACAGAUCCAUACACAAGGAGUCUAGCCAGCAGUUGCCUCCUAUAGAGAGACUGACUCCCCCAAGAAAAGUUAGUUUGGACAGCAGGGAAGAGGCUCCAGCAAGGAAGCUUCUGGGCAGCCCAAGUCAAAGGUUCUCUACGCCUGCCCGCACUGGGAUCUCAGAGAAUAGUUUAUCCCGCAGGAAUGAGAAGAGGAAGCGGUUGCUGACCCCUGGCAAUGAAGUGAAUGAGGACUACCCUAAAGAGAACGACUCUUCCAGUAAUAACAAAGCCAGCACAGACCUGGCUCGCAGCAGGUUUCUGACGAGCUUCAAAGACAAACAGCUCAGCCUAAAACAGGGAGAGGAGAACAGGAGCCCAGGGACUAUGCCGCUGCAGCCUUCAACAUUCUACAGUAGCAGAUCUGCUUCUAAGGACUACUUGCAGGGGAAUUUAGUUUCUGACAGGCUCUCUGGUAUUAACCAGCCUCCCACCUCUAAGAGGAGUCUGAUGAGUCCGAGUCAGUCCACUCCUUUUAAAAAGGUCAGACCCAGUCACGACUAUACAGGCUGGAACAAACCUAGGCUGCCCUCCCUCACCCAGCCCCAACCGCUGCUCCAAGGCUUCUCCAACUUAGGAAACACCUGUUACAUGAAUGCAAUUCUGCAGUCCCUCUUCUGUCUGCAGUCCUUCUCUAAUGACCUGCUGAAGCAAGGGAUCCCCUGGAAGAGGGUUCCCCAGAAUGCAUUGCUCAGGCGCUUUGCCCACCUCUUGGCCAAAAAGGAUUUGCAUAGCCCUGAGGAUAAAAAAGAUCUGCUAAAGAAAGUGAAAAGUGCCAUCUCCACUACUGCAGAGAGGUUCUCUGGAUACAUGCAGAAUGAUGCCCAUGAAUUCUUGAGCCAGUGCCUGGACCAGCUGAAGGAGGAUGUUGAAAAGAUUAAUAAAUCUUGGAAAAACGAAAUGCAGCCCAGGGAAGAAAUCCAGGUGGGACGGCCAAGUGAAGAUGUUGCGACUUCCCGAAUAUACACCUGUCCUGUAGUGGCUAAUAUGGAGUUUGAAGUGCAGCACAACAUAGCAUGCAAAGCGUGCGGAGAAACUGUUACAAAGCGAGAGCAGUUUAAUGAUCUGUCUAUUGAUCUACCACGAAGAAAACAAAAUCUUCCUGUGCGGUCCAUACAAGACUCCCUGGAUCUCUUCUUCAGGUUGGAGGAGAUAGAAUAUUCCUGUGAAAAAUGCAAUGGAAAAUCUGCAACUGUCAACCAUAAAUUCAGUAAACUUCCCAGGGUACUGAUCCUUCACCUAAAGCGGUACAGUUUCAAUGCCCAACUGUCACUCAACAACAAGUUGGGCCAGCAAGUAUUGAUCCCCAAGUACAUUUCUCUGUUCUCACACUGCACAGAAUCAACGCGGCCCCCUCUUAGUCUUGGCUGGAAUGCUCAAACAGCAAUGUCUCGGACACUGAAGACUUCCCAGUCACUGAACUCCUGCACGAUCAGCUCUUCCACUCCAGUAAGGAAGUACAAACCCCAGAGCCCCAGUGUGACCAUACUGGACUCGGACAGUGAUGAGGAGUUGACCAGGAAAGCUGUCAGUCACAGCCGCCGACUCAGCGAAGACGACAGGUCCGAGAAGCUCUCACAAAGUAUCCAGAUGGAGGCAUCUGGCUUCGAGGGUAUGAACGAUGAAGAUGUGUUGGCAGCGGUGUUGGAGAUGAGCCGACAAGAAAGCACCCUGCCAGGAUACCCUGCACCCUCUGAGGACGAGCCUACCAGCAGCCCUGACACAGGAUUUGGGGACGACCCCUUCGUCACAGAGAGACCUCCACAAGCUGAAUUGUGUAAUUUAGUGGCCCUGUCACCAGACCUGGAUGAGAACAAGGAGAAUCAGACCCCAGAGGAGGCCCAGGGGGAGCUGGACUGGGUGCAGCAGAACAGCCUGGAACAUGAAAGGGAGGAGCAGGAGCUGCAGCAAGCACUUGCUCAGAGCUUGCAGGAGCAUGAAGCUAGAGAAAUGAAAGAGGAUGAUGACUUAAAGCGAGCUACUGAGCUAAGUCUGCAAGAGUUUAAUACCUCCCUAACCGAAUGCCCAUUCUCAGAUGAGGACUCGGGGAAUGAGGACGUCUUGGAUAUGGAGUACAGUGAGGCAGAGGCAGAUUUGAAAAAAAAUUCAGAGAGUGGGGAGCUCUGCAAUUCUUAUCGUAUUGUCAGUGUGGUCAGUCACAUUGGAAGUAGCUCCUCAUCUGGUCACUACAUAAGUGAUGUAUAUGAUAUGAAGAAGCAGUCUUGGCUUACCUACAAUGACCUGGAUGUGUCAACGACCCAAGAGUCUUCAGUGCAGAGGGAUAGAGACAGGAGUGGCUACAUCUUCUUUUACAUGCACAAGGAUGUGUUUGAGGAGCUGUUGGAGUCUGAGAAGAUUGUGCCGGCUAGUAGUGGGAAGGUCUGUGCUGCAGCUUCUUUAACAUACACAGAGAGACAGAAUGAACACUUGUGGAAUGGAGUUCUUUCAUGAGUGAAGAAACAAAAAUGGAUCUCCCAUACUACUGACUACCUUCACCCAGACAUUUUUUUAAUGAAAUAGUCAUUUAACUUGUGCAAACUGGCUCUGGGCACUGAUUUAAACCUGUUGCAAGUAAUUUGUCUGUGGCCCAGUGAAUGUACAGAAAAAUGAAACCUCACACCUGUAUUUUUCGGUUGUUUCUCUGUUGAGUUAUCCUGGAUUAAAUUAGCCAGGGACUUUACAGGCACCGACAGAAUGUGCGGUUGGUUUGUUUAUUUAUUUAUUGAUUUUUAUUUGACUUAGUCUUAAAAACAUGUUCUGUUGUACUGUCUAGUAAGGUAACUCUAUAAUGCACAAGGUUUAAAUUGUACCAGCUCUAACUAGAAAAUGCUACAAUUUCUUGGUUACAACUGGCAUGUAAGAAACUUGUACUUUUAUGCACUUGAAUGAGACAGAAUACGACACAAGACACAAAUCAGUUCAAUUAAUUUAAUAUCCAAUUUCUAACUGUCACCAAUCAAUUAGCUUAAUCGGUCAAUAGCAAUAGGAGCUGCAGUAUAAUGUAACCUGUACAGUAUUUUGGCGUGCUUUUGGGUAACAUUUCACAGAUCUUUUCCUUUGUGUCACAUUGUCCCCUCUUUUUUUUUUUUUUUUUUUUUUUUUUUUU